AUGGAAUCUACAAGGCAAACAGUGGUUGAAGCUCAAAAGAAUCUCCAAAAACUUGAGUCGACUAAAAUUCAACUUGGGGACGACCCAUUUAGUUUGCUUUAAUAGCAAAAAGAGCAAGAAUAGACAUAAUAGCUCGAAAAAUAGUUGGUAUAGCUGUAAUUACAGUAAAAAUAGGAUCUGUAAUACUAGCAAGAUGGUUCAAGUAAAUCAACUAGUCCUUUUGAUUAGCAAAAUGAAAAGCAAUCUACAUUCUAUGAUGCCAAUAAUGGACUAGGAUAGUAGCAAGAAGACUUGCCCAACCAAAAGCAUUUUCAAGACUUUGGAUAUGAACUAUAACAGACUAACAAUGGAGAUAAUGCUGAUGAUGACUAACCAUUUGAAAAUGAAUAGAAUGAAGCAGGGGAAGAGCAGAAAAUUGAGGAAGAAGCUGAAAAGAUUGAGCCGUUGGUUGAAAGAGUGCGAAAGAGUUUGAAUUAGAAAUCUUAAAAGAAGAAAAUCUAAGGCCUUAUCGACGAUGAAAUAGAAUGUGGAGAAGAAUAGGUAAUGAAAAUAAAGGUUAAGUGCGAUUGCAAUGUCUCAAUAAAUUGCCCUACUUUGGAAGGAGAUCUUAUAAUGACCAACUUCAAGCUAAUUUUCAAGCAUUAGACGAUUGCUUAAGUACAAUCAGUCUAAAAUGAAAAGAUCAACAAGUCGAAUCUUAAAAUACCAACAUUCAUAGAAACAUAUCUUAAUAUUGCCCUGACAUGCAUCAACAAAAUUGAUAAAACUAUUAUCGAUAAGAAGACAAGUAAAAUAAACUUCCUAGAAAUCUUUACGAAGGAUUUCAGGUAUAUUAAACUCAUUUUUGAAAAUAUGGAUUAAUGCAAUGAUGCAAUGCAAAGAAUAUAAAUAUUUGCAUUCCCUGAAAGUGACUUGAGAGAUAUUUUUGCAUUUAAGUUCUUCGACCCUAGCUUAGAUCUUCAGAGAGAAUGCCUUGAAAAUGGAUGGGAUAUUUACUAAUCCCCUGAUCUAGAAUUUAAGAGAUAAGAAAUCACCAUUCAAGUUGUAUAUAAAUCAAGAUCACUUAUUGAGUCCUUCCUAUCCUCUCAUGCAUGUAAUCCCAGCUUCUUUUAAGGAUAGUACACUAUUUGUGAGUGCAAGAUUCAGGACAAAGUUUAGAUUUCCAAAAGUCCAGAGGACGAAUUGUUGCUUCUUGAGAUUGGAAGGACUAACCCAGAUGCAACAAAAAAGCUGCAAAUAUUUGAUGCUAGGUCCUACAUUAAUGCAUUGGCAAAUAGAGUUAACAAGGGUGGCUUUGAAAAUGUUAAAGAUAACUAUGUUAAUUGUGAUAUAUCUUUCUGUGACAUUGAUAAUAUACAUGGAGUGAGAGAUGCAAUAAAUAAAGUGUAUGAAAUGAGUUUACAGCCUUGGAUCUUUUCUAAUUCAUCAAAAUGGCUAACUUAACUUGAUAAUUCUGGAUGGCUUUAAAUAAUGUCAAAGAUCUUGAUAAGUACAAACAAAGUAGUGGAGAAAAUAAUGAUUGAUAAGCAAAAUGUUCUAGUACAUUGCUCUGAUGGGUGGGAUAGAACUGCUCAACUUUGUAGUCUUUCACAGAUUUUAUUGGAUCCAUUCUUUAGAACUCUAAAAGGAUUUUAGAUAUUAAUUGAGAAAGACUGGCUAUCAUUUGGACAUAUGUUUUAAAGGAGAUAUGGGCAUUUUAAUAAAAAUUACAAAGAUGAGUAAAGAUGCCCAGUCUUUACUCAAUUUUUAGAUGCUGUAUAUCAGUUAAUGCAUCAAUUCCCUACUCAUUUCUAAUUUAACAAGAAGCUUUUGCUUUUCAUAAUUACUGAAUUAUACACAUGCAAAUAUGGCACUUUCUUGUUCAAUACUCAAAGGGAGAGACAUAAGUUCAAAUUAAGAGAGAAAACCUUGUCAAUGUGGACUCAUGUUAAUCAUUACUCUGAGCAAUUUUUAAAUCCUUUUUAUGACUCAGAGAGAUAAGAAUAGAUUCCUAAAAUUCCAGUCACUAAUUACUAUGAACUUAAAGUUUGGAAAGAGCUAUUCUUUAGAUACACAGAGUAAACACCUUACUUCAAGCAUCCUGAGAUAUCAUCACCAGAUGAUCAUAAAGAUUAGCUAAUGAAGAGAUAACUGAAAAUCAACUAAAUUCUUAAAAACUUAGUUUAAGGAUCUUAAGAUCUACUGAAGAGAAUGGACAAGAGAUCAGAGUUAACUGCUGACUCAAUUCGAGACUCAAUAGGGAAUGAUUCUAAUUUCUCAAUGUUAGAUGAUAUUUUAAUGAGCGAAUAAUAAGAAAGAAAUGGUAUGUCAGCAGUUUCAUUAAAAAAUUUUCAAGAGGAGCUGAACCCUUAAAGCGAUGAAAUACUCCCUGAAACAUAAGCAAACAAUGAUCUUUUGUUCGAAUAAUGA